GUAAUACCUAAUAUGAUGCGAUAUGUUAUCUAUAUAUAACACUUGUGUACAUAUUUUUUUACUUUACCCAAUAGUAUAUUCAUCGACACUAGUACAGUUAGCACGUUUAUCAGUGUUGUAAUAUCUCUUCCUAAAAUAAAUACUUUUUUGAUAUAUUAUUAUAAAGUCAACAAAUUCUACAAUGGUCAUAGCAAAAAAAUACGUAGUGAAGAAAUAUUUCGAAGGUUUGCCAAAACCUGAGGACUAUGAUAUAGUUGAAGAAAUUUUGCAACCAAUAAAAGCUGGAGGGAUUGUUGUAAGAGCUGAAUGGAUCAGUGUAGAUCCUUACCUUCGUGCAUACAACAGAAGGACAGCAGUUCCUUAUGAUCAGUACAGUUACCAAGUCGGCGUGGUCGAAGAAAGUAAAAACCCUGAUUAUCCAAUUGGAACUAGAGUGGUUACUCAUAAAGGAUGGUCUAAUUAUACAGUUAUAUAUCCAAAAGAAAUUACUGCAGAGGAGACUAUAUACAAGUUGCCUGAUUUACGAGGUUUAUCUAAUUCAUUGGGUGUUGGUGCUGUUGGUAUGCCAGGAGCAACAGCAUACUUUGGAUUUUUAGAACUUUGCAAGCCUAAACCUGGAGAAACAGUUGUCGUGACUGGCGCUGCGGGAGCUGUUGGUUCCAUUGUGGGUCAAAUUGCGAAAAUCAAAGGCUGCAAAGUGAUAGGUUUCACUGGCUCAGAUGAUAAAGUACAAUGGCUGGAGAAAGAACUCGGAUUCGAUAAAGCUAUUAAUUAUAAAACUGCGAAUGUUGCUCAAGCUCUGAAGGAAGCUGCCCCGAACGGAGUAGAUUGCUAUUUCGACAACGUAGGUGGCGAUUUAAGCAGUGCAAUAAUAUAUCAAAUGAAUUUGUUCGGACGCGUCGCCGUGUGCGGAAGUAUUAGUGCAUAUAAUGAAGAUGUUAAUAAUACACCCAAGGCGAAUUUACUGCAACCAGCAAUAGUAGCGAAACAAUUAAGAAUUGAAGGUUUUAUAGUACACCGUUGGCGCAAUCAAUGGCCAAGAGCAUUUGCUGAUAUUGUUCAAUGGAUUGAAAGCGGGAAAUUAGUAGCUCGGGAGCAUGUCACAGAGGGUUUUGAUAAUAUAUUCAAUGCAUUUGUCGGAAUGUUGCAGGGUGAAAAUAUUGGAAAAGCUGUAGUCAAAGUAUAAAUAUAAAUAAAACAAUAAAACACAACACGACGGAGAAAUGAAUGACUUAGGAAUGUAAGAAAUAAUAUCAUGUAAUGACUUAUUUUUAUUUAUAUUAUAAAUUUAUUGUAAUA